AAAAAAGAUAAACUCUAUAAGCAGUUCAUUAACUCUAGGGACUCAACUACUGAGUUAAAAUACAAACGCUAUCGGAACAAACUGAAUCAUCUUAUAAAAAUUGCUAAACGAAAGUACUAUGAUACAAAAUUUGAGAAGGCUAAAAAUAACCUGAAAGAAACUUGGAAACUAAUCAAUGAUGUAAUCAACAAACCGAGCAGAAAAGCAGCUCUGCCAAAUUCCUUUUUCUCUGAUGGAAAACUGUUAAAUGAUCCACAAGAAAUAGCUAACUGCUUUUGUAAGUUCUUCACCAACAUAGGUCCGAAUUUAGCAAGGAAAAUUCCAGACACACAAGUAUCUUUUCGUAGUUUUCUUGGCGCUUCUGUUAAUGAGUCGCUUAUCUUAAAUCCAACUAAUAUUUCGGAACUAAAUCAAAUAUGCAACUCUUUUAAAUCUGGAAAGUCGCCUGGAUAUGAUAACGUUUCAAUGGAUAUAAUAAAAAGCACCUUUGAUCUCAUUUCUCAGCCUUUGGCCAAUGUAAUCAAUUUGUCUCUUAUUAAAGGAAUAUUUCCUGAUGAACUGAAAAUUGCUAAACUGAUUCCGGUAUUUAAAGCUGGUGAUUCCCAGUAUUUCACUAACUACCGUCCAAUUUCGCUUCUUUCUAAUUUUUCUAAAUUCUUUGAAAGAGUUAUGCACAAUCGUAUUACAAAUUUUUUAGAUCGUUUAGAUAUCUUAUACUGUUGCCAAUUUGGAUUUCGUAAAAAAUAUUCUACAGCGCUGUCUUUAAUUCAUCUUAUUAAUAAAAUUGCAACUGCUAUUGACAGAAGCGAAUAUACAGUUGGCAUAUUCUUAGACUUAUCAAAAGCAUUUGAUACUUUAGACCAUCAAAUACUCUUGUCUAAGCUUGAGCAUUAUGGGAUUCAUGGGCUAGCACUUAGCUGGUUGAAAAGCUAUUUGUCAAAUCGCGUGCAGUUUGUCCAGUACAAAGAGACUUGUUCUAUUAGGCUGACUCUGAGCUGUGGAGUCCCUCAAGGUUCUAUAUUAGGACCAUUAUUGUUUGUUUUGUAUAUCAAUGACCUCCCUUGUGCUACUCGUCUUGCUGAAACUAUGCUUUUUGCAGAUGAUACUAGUGUGUUUUAUUCUAAUCCCGAUUUAAAUUGUGCUAUUUCUGCCGUAAAUAAUGAUUUAUCUCAAAUUGAUCUUUUUAUGAAAGCAAAUAAGCUCUCUGUUAACAUAACGAAAACUAAUUAUAUCAUUUUUUGCAGCAAGGCAAAAACCAGUCAACUUCCCAAUAAAUCCUGUCUUGUACGAUGAGGUUUUAUUAAAACAAGUAAAGGUAGUUAAAUUUUUAGGGGUUUUUUUUAUCGACGAGCAUCUAACGUGGAAGCCGCAUAUUACUUAUAUAUGUAAGAAAAUUUCAAAAUCUAUUGGCGUCAUGUUUAGGUCUCGUUUCUUUCUUUCUGAAACAACAAAAAAAAUCUCUUUAUUAUACCUUAAUUUAUCCUUAUUUAACAUAUUGUACCACAGUUUGGUCCUCCACUUAUGUAACAAACCUUAAUAGAAUUUUUCUUCUACAAAAGCGAGCAGUACGAAUUAUUACAAAUGCAGAUUUUCGCGCGCACUCUGAACCAUUAUUUUUCCGUUUAAAGAUUUUGGACAUAUACAACAUUAAUUCAUUCUAUACUGCACAAUUUAUGUUUUCAUAUUAUCAUCAAUUACUGCCACCGCUUUUUUUCGAACCUUUUUGUUACUAG